UGGAUACGUCGAGGGAAGUGGGUGCAUUACGAUCCCUAUUCCAUACCUUUCACUCUCCUGUUUAGUAAUAGUGUGAAUUCGUGUGGGCACAUUUAACUUGCAAUUCUGCCAUUAGUUUAUGGUAAAUUGUUUUAGACCUUCAUUCGCGUGAGUGUGUGGUAAAAAAGGUGCCGCUAUAUGGUGCAGUUAGCUUAGCAGCACCCUCAGGAGAAAUUGUUAAGCUGUUGAGGUAAUAAAUGCUUAAAUUUUCAUUCAGGAAACAUGGCUGAGGAUCAUGUCAACGUGAAUGAGUAUCAAGAAUUGGCUAGGCUAGCCCUUCCGAAAAUGUACUAUGAUUUUUAUGCGGGUGGAACGGAAGACCAGUAUACACUUCAAGAAAACGCGGAAGCCUUUCGCAGAAUAACGUAAUGCCUAAUGAAUGCUGGUCAGAUUAAAAUCUGCAGCAACCAUAUUAUGUUGUUCGGUAAUUCUCAACACAUGUAUUUCUGGUAGGUUUAUGCCGAGAAUCCUCAUUGAUGUGAGCGAAAUUAGUUUGUCAACUACUAUAUUGGGCUAUAACGUUUCUGCCCCCAUUAUGAUUGCUCCAACUGCUAGGCAUAAGUUAGCACAUCCUGAAGGUGUGAAACCUGAAUUUUCUUGGGGGAACUCUUUUGCACGUUUGCUUGUUUUGAUUGUAGCGAUGCAAUUUUUCCGUCUUCCAGGAGAGGUUGCCACCGCAAGAGCAGCUGCUGCAUGUAAUGUCAUCAUGAUUCUUUCAUAUAUGUCUAUGUGCACUGUGGAAGAGGUCGCGUCCAGCUGUGAUGCCAUUCGAUUCUUUCAAAUAUAUGUAUACAAGAGACGGCAUAUUACAGCUCAGCUAGUACAAAGGGCUGAAAGAAGUGGAUACAAAGCUAUUGUUCUUACUGUCGAUGUUCCCAGACUUGGCAGAAGGGAGGCAGACAUAAAGAACAAAAUGAUAGCACCUCAGUUGAAGAAUUUUGAAGGUCUACUCUCAACUCAAGUUGUCUCUGAUGACGGUUCAAGAGUAAAAGCUUUUGCUUAUUCAACUGUUGAUGCGUCUUUGAGUUGGAAGGACAUUGGAUGGUUGAGAUCUAUAACAAAAUCGCCGAUUCUGAUCAAGGGAGUUCUUACACAUGAAGAUGCAAUUAAGGCAGUGGAAGCAGGUGUAGCUGGGAUAAUUGUCCCAAAUCAUGGAGCUCGACAGCUAGAUUAUACUGCAGCCACGAUAUCAGUUCUGGAAGAGGUUGUUCAUGCGAUCAAAGGGAAAGUCCCUGUUUUUGUUGAUGGAGGAGUGUGGCGAGGAACAGAUGUUUUCAAGGCAUUGGCCCUUGGGGCAGAAGCAGUACUGAUAGGAAGGCCUGUUGUAUAUGGGUUGGCGGCAAAAGGGGAAACUGGAGUUAAAAGGGUCACUGAGAUGCUGAAGGAUGAGCUCGAGCUUACGAUGGCACUAUCUGGAUGUCCUACCAUAAAGGAUAUUACCAGGGGCCACGUGAUAACAGACCGCGAGAGACUUCAUUCCUCUCUCUGAAUUCGCGCUGCAACAUCCAUGAAGAUAAGAUUCACAUAGGCAAAUAGACCAUACCCUUGUUGUAUUAUUGUUGGUAGUUUGCCAUGUCAUGUAAAUA